UGUAAUAUGUAUGCAAAGUGGUUCACGUUACAGCGUGUCCGGGUCACGAACGCAGUGCAGGUAAGGUAUCAAGACACACGAGAGAACGUUCCUAAAUACUAUCCAGAUUUGAGAAUCAAAGAAAGACUACGGCGUCUCUGUUGGACGUCAAGUUCGACAAUGGUGAAGGCAAAGAAGUUCGUGAUCGCUGCAAAGUUCGAUGGACUGCCGAAGGUGAGCGACUUUCAGCUCGUAGAGGAGGACACGCCGGAACUAAAGAAUGGAGAUCUUCUCUGCGAGACCUUGUUCAUUUCUGUGGACCCAUACAUGAGGAUUUUUGGCCGCUCCCUAAAGGAGGGCGACACCAUGAUCGGGGAGGUAGUGUCACGAGUGAUCGAGUCCAAAAGCAAGAAGUACCCGGUGGGAACCACAGUGCUGGCCGGGUACGGGUGGCGCACACACGCUGUCGUGCACGAGGACGACAAACAUCCUCUCCCCACCGCGCAACUUCGGGCGGUUCCCGCAGACUUCCCCAAGGAACUGUCUCCUGGGCUCCUGCUGGGGGUUACCGGUAUGCCGGGUAUGACGGCUUACUUUGGACUCAUUGACGUCUGCCAGGCAAAGGCAGGGGAAACCGUUUUCGUCAACGCUGCCGCGGGGGCUGUCGGGAGUUUGGUGGGACAAAUUGCCAAGAUCAAAGGCUGUAAAGUGAUCGGCUGUGCAGGAACUGACGACAAGGUCACCUGGCUCCGUGACCUUGGCUUUGACUACGUCUUCAACUACAAGACCAAGUCUCUGAGCGAGGAACUCAAGAAAGUCGCACCUGAAGGCAUUGACUGUUACUUUGAUAACGUGUGCAUGCAGUUCGCAACAUAA